AUGGCAGAUAGUUUAGAGGAGCGGCUCCGCAGCCAUGCAAACGCCUUUGAUGGAUUGCUGUCGUUAAUCCCAGCAAAAUACUAUUAUGGAGAAGAUACCAGUGAUCAAUGGCAACGAAAGAAACAGACAAAAGAACAAGCCCGAAAUGCAAAACGAGCUAAAUUAGAUCCUGAUGCAGCAAAGUCAGCGAAAGACGUUAUGGAUGAAAAUGCCCGCAAGCGAAAACGCGAGGACGGACAGUUGGACACGGAUGAUGGGGAACUCGGCUCCGAGAAACCGCUUGAAGGGCUUAACCGCGGCGAUUAUCGUCAGAAGAAGCAGAAAAAGGGAGACAGCUCGACAGACGGACAUCUCCCGGAGUCAACAAAUGAUAGUUUGCAACAUGAAAAGGAGGAACGUUUAAAGCAGAAGCAAGAAAAAAAAGCAGCAAAACAAGAAAAGAAGAAACAAAAGGUAGCCGAAAAGACAGAGAAACGAAAGCAAAGGCAGAGGGCCUUAGAGCAAUCGACGAAAGCUUCGAUGCACCCCAUAACUUCUGCUGAAAAACCAGAUGCAACAGCCUCCAGCGCCGAUGACGCUAGUAAUGACGAGGAGGUUGCGGAUGAGAUGGCCCCUGUUGAAGGCUUCUCUGGGGAAAAAGAGUCCAAUUCUGAAUCAACAGCACCCACGUCGCCUGCAGCCGAUUCCAAUCCUUUUGAUACAUCAAAACCGCCCUCGGGAACCUCGUCUACAUCGUCCGUUGUCCCGCCUACGGAAAAUGAUGGCGCUAAUAAGAAUGAUGAACAAAAAUCUAACCCAAAACCUUUAAAACCCACCUCAGAAGAACUCAAACAACGUCUACAGAAACGUCUUGACGAGCUGCGCGCUGCCCGACAUGCUGAUGGAUUCAAUGGGAAACCCGCGAAAAACCGUCAAGAAUUGAUAGAAGCUAGAAGGCAACGUGAGGAACAGCGCCGUGCUCACAAGAAGGAGAUGCGCCAGAAGGCUAAGGAGGAAGAGCAAAGACUUCGUGAUGAAGCCAUCGCCAAGCGCUUCUCUCCCAAGGGUUCGCUACUGGCAUCUCCCGGCUCCCCCGCCGAAUCCAUCACAUCGAUACCAAACAAUUUUUCGUUUGGCCGAGUUGUUUUUGCCGAUGGACAAACAGCAGAUCCAAGUUUGUCCACCCUUCGUAAUCACAAAAAACAAAAAGGCCCUCAAGACACCGGAACAGCGCUAAAGGCAGCUGAGGCCAAACAAACAAGACUUGCUGGCCUUGAUGAAAAGAAGAAGGCGGAAAUCGAAGAGAAAGACAUGUGGCUUAACGCGAAGAAGAGGGCUCAUGGCGAGAAAGUGAAAGACGAUGUGUCUUUGCUGAAAAAGGCGCUAAACAGGAAAGAGGGCACGAAGAAGAAGAGCGAAAAGCAAUGGAAGGAGAGGAUAGAAGGCGUAGCGAAAAGCAGAGAAGCGAGGCAGGCCAAGAGAGAAGAGAAUAUUCGAAAACGAAAAGAAGAGAAAGGGAACAAGGGGAAGAAAGGCAAGCCCAAAGCUAGGCCUGGCUUUGAAGGAAGGUUUAAAACGAAAGUUGGUGGGAAGAAGAAAUGA